AUGACGUUGGACAUAAAGAAGCGUUGGUAACUCUUACGGGUGAAUGUGAAAACGAAUAUAUUUCUUAGGAUUCUUGGGAUUAAAAGAAGAAAUUAUCACGUAAGAUGCUAUCAAGGGCUGCUCUUCUUUCUGUCCAACGUCCUUUGAGCGUUCUUGCGGCUAGAAAGGCCGCGAGCUCCAGCGGCGAACGUCCUGUCCGUCUUGAACAACCUGGCAAAGUUCGUUUGGGCUUCAUUCCAGAUGAAUGGUUCCAAUUCUUCUACAACAAAACUGGUGUAACAGGCCCAUAUACCUUUGGUGUUGGCCUAAUCACUUACCUGUGUUCCAAGGAAAUCUAUGUGAUGGAACAUGAAUACUAUAGUGGUAUAUCAUUGGCUAUUAUGGCCGUUGUUGCAGUUAAGAAGCUUGGUCCACCAAUGGCUAAAUGGGCUGAUUCUGAAAUUGAUCGCAUUGAAAACGAAUGGAACGAAGGCCGCGAAACAGAAUUGAAAUCUCUUAAAGAUUCGAUUGAAGCGGAAAAGAAAGAACAAUGGCGAGCAGAGGGUUCCCUGAUGCUUAUGGAUGCCAAAAAGGAAAAUGUUGCUCUCCAAUUGGAAGCGGCUUUCCGAGAGCGGGUUAUGAAUGUUUACAAUGAGGUCAAACGUCGCUUAGACUAUCAAGUUGAAUGCCGUCAUAUUGAGCGUCGCCUUAGCCAAAAACACAUGGUUAAUUGGAUUGUUAACAGUGUAUUAUCGUCCAUCACACCCCAGCAGGAAAAGGACACCUUAAACAAAUGCAUUGCCGACUUGAAUGCUUUAGCUGCCCGUGCUAAAUAGAUAAUUUACCAACUCCUUUUUUUUUUUCAUUUUCUGCUGUGAAACUUCAAUUUUCUUUGAAAGAAAAUAAUACUGUCAACAUUUUUGUUAAUAAUUGAAUGAAAUUUAUUAUAUUUAAUAUUUCAAAAGAUUCAAAGUGUUAGCGAAAUAUAAAUUUGGUUAAGCAAUGAUGGCAAUCACAUGGCUGUCACACG